CUUACGAGAUUUGAGGAAUUUUUUUCACACUAAUCCUCAACGCAAGGUGCUGUGAUCGGAAUUCCUGAAAUUUUACGAUAUUGAGCUGCCAUAUAGAAUAUUGAUAGUUAUUUAAAUGAAAACUACUUUAAAAACGAGGAAUCAAUAUCAAAGUUACCGCGUGACGUAAAAAUAUAUUUAAAUUCCAAAUUUCACAGAUUUGCAUAAUGCAUAUUGUUCAAAUUUCUUUCCAAGAAGCAUAAAUAUACAAAUGCAACUAUCAACAGUAAUUGCGAUUGUUACAAAGCAUUAUAUGACAAAUGACUGAUUUAAUAUUAUAUUAUUCAGAUUAUUGGUUAUGCUUCGUUAGAAAGUAAAACAACAUUCUUCUAUUCACGAUGACAAUUAUACGAUUCAAUAAUUCACGGCGCUUCGUCUGUUAUUAUAAACAUUGUCAUAAUCAAUUUUCUACUCAAAGUUUAUCAGAUUUCCCGAAAUCUUGUAAUGUGAAAGAGAUUGAAAAUGAAUGGUACGAAAUAUGGGAGAGGAAUAAUUACUUCUCUGUUAAAAAUGUUGAGAAAACAGCUAUGAAAAUGUUGUUGCCUCCUCCCAAUAUUACCGGAGCGCUGCAUUUAGGACACGCGAUGACUGUUAUAAUUCAAGAUGUACUAGCAAGAUGGUACAGAAUGAAGGGACAUCCUGUGGUAUGGAUACCAGGCUUCGAUCAUGCUGGUAUCGCGACACAAAUGAUAGUAGAGAAACAUCUACUUAAGACAAAAGGUGUUAAGAGAUCAGAUAUAGGACCGGAGGAAUUUGUUUCAUUCGUUUCCCAGUGGAAGAAUGAAAAAGAGAAUAUGAUAAGAUCACAAUUGAAAGCUUUAGGUGCAAGCUUGGAUUGGUCCAGAGAAUACUUUACAAUGAGUGAGACUCACAAUCAUGCCGUGACAGAAGCGUUUGUGAUGCUGAACGAUCGAAACUUAUUGUAUAGGAAGAACGAUUUGAUCAAUUGGUCUCCUACUAUGCGUAGCGCGAUAUCUGAUAUCGAAGUGGAACGUGUAUAUAUUAAUAAAAAGACGAAGCUUCAGAUUCCAGGAUACGAGAGAACAGUCACAUUUGGCGAAUUAGUGCAUGUAGCUUAUCCAGUAAAAGAACAAGAAAUAGUGGUAGCGACUACUAGACCAGAGACUCUUUUCGGAGAUGUAGCGAUUGCUGUUCAUCCAGAGGAUGAAAGAUACGCUCAGUAUAUUGGAAAACAAGUCUGGCAUACUUUAAGGGAGACUUAUAUACCCGUUGUUUCCGAUGCCUUGGUCGAUAGACAAUUUGGAACAGGUGCAGUGAAAGUAACACCAGCACACGACCCUUUGGAUUAUGCGAUCGCAAUGAAUCAUCAGUUGGAUAUCAUUGAUGUUAUCGACGAACAAGGGAAUAUAACAACUGCCGGGAAAGAAUUUAAGGAUCUACCAAGGUUUAUUGCCCGACGAAAAGUGUUAAAUGAAUUGACGAACAGGGGUGUUUUAAGGGGUAUCAGCGAUCAUGAAAUGUGUAUACCUUUGUGUUCACGAUCUCAUGACGUCGUUGAAUAUUUACUCAAAGAGCAAUGGUUCAUCAGAUGUAAGGAUAUGGCACAAAGGGCAGCAGAAACCGUGAGACAAAAUCGUCUAGUACUUGUACCUCCGAUUCACGAACAAGUGUGGUAUGAUUACCUUGAUAAUAUCAGAGACUGGUGCAUCUCAAGACAAAUCUGGUGGGGCCAUUCUAUCCCUGCAUAUUACGUUUCAGUUGGAGAUAAAACUGAGUGGAUCGUUUCUCGAACCGAAGCUGAUGCAAAAAUAAUUGCGGAAAAUAAGUAUGGAUCGAAUGUAGAAUUACACAGAGAUCCAGAUGUGUUGGAUACUUGGUUUUCCUCUGCGAUACUUCCUUUCGCAGUGAUGGGAUGGCCGAAAGAGACGGAAGAUUUGAAGAAGUAUUAUCCUUUAACGUUAAUGGAGACAGGCAGUGAUAUCUUAUUUUUUUGGGUCGCGAGAAUGGUGAUGCUAGGAUUAGAGUUGACUAAUCGCCUUCCGUUUAAUGAAGUUUUACUGCACGGUCUUUUAUGCGACGCUUACGGGAAGAAAAUGUCCAAGACACUUGGAAAUAUCGUUUCACCAGAAAAUAUCAUCAAUGGUAUUACGUUAGAUGAUCUUGGUGCUCAAUUGAAAGAAAAUUUUAAUGCAGGCCUUAUGAACGAAGCUAUCUUGAAACGUAUGUUACUCGCUAAUAAGAAAAUAUUCCCGAACGGUAUACCGGAAUGUGGCGCAGAUGCACUGCGUAUGACACUGUGCAGCCACAAUAUUAAAAAUUCACACAUAAACUUCGAUAUUAUGGAAUGCCAAACGAAUAAAUUCUUCUUAAAUAAGAUUUGGCAAGCAAGCAGAUACAUAUUACUCAUGACACAUGGAAAAGUAUAUAAAAAACCGAACAGCAUGACAGUGAUCGAUCAGUGGAUUUUAAGCAGACUGUCUUUAAUGAUCGAUCUAGUGAACCAAUCGCUUACACAACGAGAUUUUCAUAAAGCUAUUGCGGCAAUGAAACAGUUCUUCUAUUAUGAAUUCUGUGAUUUUUAUUUGGAGGCAACUAAAUGGGGCUUCAAAAGUGAAAUCCCAGACGUACAUAUGAGCCAUACGUACAGUUUAAGAACGUGUUUAGAAACAUUUUUGCGUGUAACUGCGCCAGUAAUACCGUAUCUCUCUGAUGAUCUGUAUAAAAGACUGUCAAAUAUUUUACCAGAAUUCGUGUCAAUACCAUCGUUGAUGGAAGCCCAAUAUCCGGAACCAGAACAGUUUACCGAAUGGAGAGAUGAUCCUUUAGAUGAAAGAAUAAAUGAAGUUCUAAAACUUAUACUAGAGAUUCGAAGUGUUACGGCCAAUAUUAGCAAAAAAUUGAAUCCCGAAGUUCACAUUAUAAUUGACAAAUCGGAGGAUCUCGUCUUUUAUAACAAUGUCAUAAAUUUAAUCAAGGGAGGAAGUAAAAUUUUCAAUGUUUCUAUAUUCUCAGAAGCUAAUUACGCAGAGAAGAAGGACAGUGUUUCUUAUUCUUAUUCGCCCAACUGCGUGAUAGCGAUUAUCAUAGAAAAUCCGUCUGUUUUGGAAGAGCUUGAGAAGAAAAUUUCAGAUAAAACAAUUGCACAAAAGAAUCAGAAUUAAACAGACUCACAGUUGCCCCAAAUGAAAGACUGACAAAUAAUUGGAACUGUACAAGGUGUUGCCAGUACUAUACAUCCUGACCUUGGAAGCGGUGGAACACCAGACAACUCGAUUUUGUGCCAGGCAUAUGUUUCGAGAUUGAAUAUAUGCACGUCGUUAUAAUAUUUGUAAUCUCUUAAAUUGUCAUGAAAUCCACCGAAAACUAUUAAUUGCUUUUUUAUGUGUACCAUUCUGUGACCACUCCUUGCCGAUGGUCCGCCAGGUGAUCUUUAUUAAAAAGUAAAAGCCAAUGAAUACCAAUGAUUUGUGUGAAAGAAGAGUGAAAAGAAUUAUAGUUGCAUUUACUUACAA